AUGGCUCGCGCUUCCGACGAUGACGUCAUCUGCAACGACGAGGAAAACAAAAGAGAGGUGGACUGUCAGAAAGCUGUUCUCGGCGUCGCUCCCCCACCAGGAUGUGCUACUGAUCCAAUGUCUUCACUUCGACGCUUGAGAUCUUCUGAUCCUCCAACAAUCAUCCAGCGAGGCAGAGGAACCCAGAGAUGUCCAGAGAAGUCAGCCUCCAACCAGAUAUCUGGUCGACUUCGCUCGUCAUUCCGAGAUGAUCCAAUUCCAGUCCCUCCACGAAGUCACUUGAGAUCUGCUGAUAUUCCAACAACCAACCAACAAGGCAUUGGAGUCCAGAUACUCUCAGCGACAGGACGUUCCACUGCCUCAUUGGCUCCACGUGCACGGUUGACGUCUUCUGAUGCUCCAACAUCCACCACAAGAGGCCGAUCAACUCAGAGAACUCCAGCAACCAUCAACCAGCGAGCUUCUCGGCGUCGCUCGUAUUCACGUUAUGCUACAUCAAGCCUAGUGCCUCCAUAUCGUCGCUCUGCAUCUGUAUCUCAACCAUACACACCAGAAGCUUCUCAAAAACCCAAAAAGGCUCCUCGUAAGCGUCCGGCUUCAUACAAGGCCUUCGGAUGUCAUCGGAGAAGACGCUCACAAUAUCCCACCACAGCCUAA